GUGGAAGCUCCUACUGAACAAAUGGCUUAACACAAUGUGACAACUGUCUUUCGCCUGCAUUGGCUACUUGUAGAGCGGUCUGUUUCUCUUCUUCAAUCCUCUCGCUUUUUCUAAUGUAUGCUUGUAGUAACGGCUAGCAGAUGGCUAUUCAUCAAGCCCUACGGUCGCGUCCCAGAUAUUAAAAUGGUGCCUAUGGUGUUUGUUCGGCGCCACACCACAAUACCUGUGCCCAGAGCCUUUGGAAGUUUCCGAUACCGGGCUCGAGAUUUUCUCGUCAUGACAAGGACGCCAGAGCAUAGCUUGGAACUCUGGGAAUGGAGGGACUUGGAAGAUGGAACAAGAUCCGCUCUGCUCGUCCAACUCCGCGAUUAUGUCCUCCAGCUGCGAAGUAUCCCUCGUCCUGUCGGAUCAUCAACGGCGAUUUGUUCUGUUCUUGGUGGGCUUGUCUACGAUUUACGGCUCUGUACUGAUGGUCCUUACGGUCCAUACGUCGCGAGGAUCAAAUGAAUCUCCAGCUCCGCUUAGGUGUUCGUCUAGAGUGUAGU